AUGUCCCAAUACGCAACGGUGGAGAUACCUCCGCAUCAGAAGAAACACAUUGAUGGGUCAACUGGGAAAAGGAAGCCGCAUCGUGAAGUUAGGUUUGGCAACUACGUAUUAGGAUCCACACUUGGUGAGGGCGAGUUUGGUAAAGUCAAGCUUGGGUGGAGAAAAGACGGGAAACUCCCUUCACAGGCGGCCAUCAAGUUGAUCAAGAGGGACUCUAUUCCAACUGGUUCUCAGAAGGAGGAGAAAAUAUACAGAGAAAUCAGUGCCUUGAAGAAGUUGAGGCACCCGAACAUUGUCAGGCUAGUCGAAGUUUUACAGAAUGAUAAAUACAUUGGAAUAGUCUUGGAAUAUGCUUCUGGAGGUGAAUUGUUUGACUAUAUUCUUGAUCAUCGAUACCUCAAGGAGUCCAUGGCAUGUCGAUUAUUCGCUCAGCUUGUAUCCGGUGUUAAUUAUAUGCAUUCCAAAGGUAUCGUCCAUAGAGACUUGAAGCUAGAAAACCUACUACUGGACAAACAUAAAAAUAUAAUCAUUACAGAUUUUGGCUUUGUAAAUACUUUCCAAAAUUCUGCAAAUGACCUAAUGAAAACCAGCUGUGGAUCUCCUUGUUAUGCUGCACCAGAAUUGGUCGUUAGUAAUCACCCUUACGAGGCCCGCAAAGUCGACGUUUGGUCUUGUGGUGUGAUUCUCUACGCCAUGUUGGCCGGCUACCUACCCUUUGAUGAUGAUCCUGAAAACCCCGACGGGUCAAACAUCGCAAGGCUAUACCAUUACAUAACUCAUACAUCUUUAACAUUCCCUGAGUACAUUCAACCAACCCCAAGAGAUUUAUUGAGAAGAAUUUUGGUUUCUAACCCAAAGAGGAGAAUAUCACUCAAAGAAGUAACAACUCAUAGGUGGCUAGCACCGCAUAUGCCUUUCCUAUCAGUCUCACCUAUUGAAUGGGACAAAAAUUAUAGGACUUCCAAACUACUUGCCCACCAACAAGAUAAUUAUAAUAACCGAAGAAUGUCAUUGAUGGAAAACCCAACUUCAGCAUCUCUAAUGCUAAACAAACCUACUUCGCAUAGACCUUACUCCACUCAAAAUGUCAAAUCUUUACUUUAUUCCAAUCCUGCUGCUCCUCAGACCUCAAAGACUGUUGCAAUUCCUUCAGAUGAUAGUUCUCCGAUUUCCUCACCAUUGAAAAACUCCAUGACCAUUUCCAUGGACUCUUCUUCAGAUCAAAUAAACCAAGGAAUAACUAGGCAUUCAAGAUCAGGCUCUGCUGCAAGUUUGGUACUACAAGCAGUGGUGGAAGCAGACACAGAGAAGAAAAAACGUUAUAGUAAUGGCUCUUCUGAGAUUCUGACAACGCCGGUUAAAAAUACCAAGCAAAGGCCAAUAUCUUUUGUUCCGUUACUUUCGGAUACUGCUAACAUUUUUACUGUUGACAACAGCAAUAAUAGUAUCAGUAGUAUCAGCAUUAACAAUAGCAAUAACAUGAAUAAUAUCAACCUCAAUACUAAUAAUAAGAAUAGGAAUUUUGAGACAAUCAAAGAAAGUCCGGAACAUUCUAAAAUAUCAAAUGUAUUGCCUCCACCAACUCCAAUAUUUAACAAGCCCUCUUCAAACACACACUCAUCAACAACAAAGUUACCCUCGUCGAGAAUUAAUAAACCAAGACCAACCUCAUAUCACCCUUCCUAUGCUUCUAACUUUACCCCAUCAGAUUUGUCUUAUCUCUCUAGUACAAACCAUUCAGAAGGUUCAUUAAAGCUAAAUACUGGUACCUCACGUGUGAAGAUAGCUAAUAGUAGUGUUUACUCGUCAACAUCCGAAUCCCUAAUUUCAACUUCACUUAAAGAAAUGGUGAUACCUGAAUCAGUUGACGAUGACCAAACGAACACCCAGACAGGCCAAUUGGAAUCUAUAACCAAAUCUUUUGAUACCCUUUCUCUUAAUAAGCCUUCAGCGACAUCACCAAUUAUUUCAGAUAAAAUCAAAUUUUUUAACGAAGAUGUUGAAACUAUUAACACUAAGACAAGCGCAGCUAAUAACAACAAUGAUCCGGAUUCAACAAUUAUUGAAAAUGAUGAUUCUGAAAAAGAGAAUUUACCAAGUUCUAGUUCUAAUAUCCUUCCCAAUGAGGAUAUCAAGCCUCAACCAACUAUUGAGAAUCCAAAAUACAAACGUUUUAGUUUGCUAUCCUUUUAUCAGACUACACCUGGGCCUUCAGAACCCCUGACUUUGAAUAAACGAUCCCCCCUUUCACCGCAUCCAGAAUAUGAAGCGAAAUCAAGGAAUGUUUCGAGUUCGAAUCCAAAUGCUAGCUCAACUGCAACUGCACAUGCAAAUUCAAACUCAAAUGCAAAGUCUGCCAAGACUAAUAACAAAUAUACAGAAGCUUCAACUAAUAAAUCAGAACGUCGAGUAUCGAGUGUAAAUGUGCAUGAUAGUAAGAAAGCAGACAGAGUGGAAAGAGAAACCUCAACUGCACGGAAAGUUAUGGACUUUUUCAAGCGUCGUAGCAUGAGAAUAUAA